CCCCCGCCCCACUUUUGGGCAGCAGCAAUCGCAGCUGGUGCAAAGGAGGAACCGGGUUUGUUUUGCGCUUGGUGUCUGCGGUGCAGCCCCGAGAAGCCGCCAGCCUAUAUCCAACAUCGUCUGCAAGUAAUAUUGUUUUGACUUAGUGUCACUCAAUGAUGCUGUGGGAAAGAAGGAGCCAUGUCAGAAGACGCUGCUAGUGAGACACGUUUAUCUUUGAAGACAGCAGCUUUAAGAGUAUUUGAUCUUCCUCUUUCCUGGUAUUCUUCUCUAACCCAGGUUAAGGUUUCCCCAGGUCUCAAGAAGUUAUUUGUAAUAACAGCAGUGGGUGCAGUGUCUGUGCUUUUUCUUGCCCAUCACUUCAAAAGAAAGCGUGGGAAGAAAACCAGGAAUGUAUCUCCAUGGGAGCCAGGCCAUGUGGUGUUAGACUAUAUAAAAACACCUGCAUCAGAGAAAGGUUCGAGUUGUUCCAGCAGCAGACAAAAUCUAACACUUUCGUUGAGUUCAGCCAAAGAAAAGGGUUCUCAGUCCUAUAUCAAUGCAAAUGGAGGCCUCUUCAGUAAAUAUUCGGGUUCAGUGCAGAGUUUGGCCUCGGUCCAAAGUGCCGCAUCCUGUCCUAGCUGUGCUUGUGUCAAUUCUAGUUCCUGGGACAAAGCAGAUGAAGAUGAUAUAAAGCUGGUCAAUGUUCCAGUAACUACUCCAGAAAACUUAUACUUGAUGGGAAUGGAACUGUUUGAAGAAGCUCUUCGCCGAUGGGAGCAGGCACUGACCUUUCGUAACAGGCAAGCGGAAAAUGAAGCCAACUGUAGCGCCGUCAAACUUGGAGCAGGUGACGCUAUUGCAGAAGAAAGUGUAGAAGAUAUCAUUAGUGCUGAAUUCAUUCAUAAGCUUGAAUCCUUGCUCCAAAGAGCUUAUCGUCUUCAAGAAGAAUUUGAGGCUUCCCUUGGGGCAUCUGAUCCUGCUUCCUUUGCCAAUGAUAUUGAUAAAGACACCGAUAUCACUGUAAAGGAUAACACCGAAGAAUUCAGUCUGCGGGAUACAUUAAGCAUUGGAUCAACAGAUUCAUUUGUUUCAGCUGCUGAGCUUGCAGAACACAAAGAGAGCCGAAACUCCUAUAAUCUGGAUUCGCUAUGCCAUUGCCCAUUAUACGAAGAAGCUAUGCACCUGGCAGAAGAGGGCAAGAUUUAUUCACGAGUCUUACGGACCGAUACGUUGGAGUGUCUGGGGGACAGCGACUUUCUUGCUAAGCUCCAUUGUAUCCGCCAAGCUUUUCAGGUAAUCUUUUCCAAUGCUGCAAAUAGAAUAUUUCUUGCUGAAAGUGGAAGAAAAAUCUUGUGCGCACUAAUCAUGAGAGCUAGAAAGAACCCAAAGAAAUUUGAGGAGGUAUUUGAUGAAAUGAUCUCUUUCUUAGAGCAGUCUGAUCAUUGGGCUAAUACUGAAAUGGAGCUUGCUGCUUGGGGAGUGAAACAUCUAAAUUUCUAUGAUGUUGUUCUGGACUUCGUAUUAAUGGAUUCCUUUGAAGAUUUAGAAAACCCACCUAUGUCUAUACAAAAUGUGGUCAAUAACAAUUGGCUGAAUUCCUCUUUCAAAGAAACUGCUGUGGCUUCAAGCUGCUGGUCAGUUCUGAAACAAAAAAAGCAACAAAUGAAGGUUCCUGAUGGCUUCUUUGCACACUUCUAUGCUGUUUGUGAACACAUCAGCCCUGUUCUGGCAUGGGGCUUCCUUGGUCCCAGGAAUUCUCUGUAUGAAUUAUGCAACUUCUUCAAGGACCAGGUUCUCUAUUUCCUGAAAGACAUUUUUGACUUUGAAAAGGUACGGUACUCCACUAUAGAUAACCUAGCGGAAGACCUUAUGCAGCUGCUGAUUCGACACACCGAUCUUCUCUUGGCUAACCUCGGAGCCGACUCCCUAAGGCAUUCCAGUGGCCUUGUUAGUGGAUGCGGGGACACGGCAGCCAGUGGCGUUGUGGAAGCUAAAGCGCAAUAGGUUUCUCCUUUUCGUUCUUAAUGUGAGCACAAUUUUUUUCCCCGUUUUCUCCCUCAAGGGAAGCUGCCAUCGCUUCGGCUUUGUUUUUGGUUUCUUUCUUUUUUCCUCUUCUUUUUAGCAAGUACCUGAUAUCUACAGUGUUGUUAAAUAUGGACUCAGGGAAGUUUUAAAAAAAUGGAAAUAAUUACUUGUGGGGGGAGAGAUAUUGCAUAUGUUUGGAACAGGUAGCUUAACCGUCACUGGAUUUAUAUGUAAUAUAUCCCAACAUAUAUAUAUAUUUUUAAACGGCUAAGUGAAAUGUAUUUGUGGAAAUACUGUGAAUUUCCUCUGGUAUUGUUUGUGGCUGAAAGUGAUGCAAAGAAAUGUGGUAUGUAGUAUACAAGUUUUUCUUGAAGGUUUUCACUGUUUGAAUUACCCAGUACAAAGUCUCAAAAGCUCUACCUGACCCUGGCCACACACUUGCCAAGUUAUACAUUUAUUGUUAUUUCUACUUAAAUGAAGUGCAAUAUAAUGACACUUAGAGUGACAAAUGAUUUAACUUUGCCUUGAAAAUGUAUUUUGUGUGUAUAAGCUAUAGCUCAUUAUGUAGCAAAAUAAAUCGGUGCAUUCAGCCUUUGGGCAGCAAUGCGGUUCUAUACGCUUUUUUUUUUU